CUAGCCUAGUAUAACCUUCUCCCACUGCCGCCUCAGAGAGAUCUAGAGAGAGAGAGAGAGAGAGAGUGAGGGAGGCGGAUCGUCGGAGAGAGUAAUGGGUCGCGUUAUUCGUGCACAACGUAAGGGUGCGGGUUCCGUCUUCAAGUCCCACACCCACCACCGCAAGGGACCGGCCAAGUUCCGCAAUCUCGACUUCGGCGAGCGAAAUGGAUAUCUCAAAGGAGUCAUCACUGAGAUCAUCCACGACCCUGGACGUGGUGCCCCUCUUGCACGUAUCACCUUCCGUCAUCCAUUUAGGUUCAAGCACCAGAAGGAACUCUUUGUCGCCGCCGAAGGAAUGUACACCGGUCAAUUCGUUUACUGCGGUAAGAAAGCCAAUCUUAUAGUCGGAAAUGUCCUCCCUAUUAGAUCUAUCCCCGAAGGAGCUGUUGUCUGUAACGUCGAACACCACGUUGGAGAUCGCGGCGUUUUCGCUAGGGCUUCUGGUGAUUACGCUAUCGUUAUCAGCCACAAUCCCGAUAACGAUACUUCUAGGGUUAAGCUUCCAUCAGGACAAAAGAAGAUCAUCCCAAGUGGUUGCAGGGCCAUGAUUGGGCAGAUUGCUGGAGGAGGAAGAACUGAGAAGCCAAUGUUGAAGGCUGGAAAUGCUUAUCACAAGUUCAGGGUGAAGAGGAACAGUUGGCCUAAGGUUCGUGGUGUGGCUAUGAAUCCAGUUGAGCAUCCCCAUGGUGGUGGUAACCAUCAACAUAUUGGUCAUGCCAGUACUGUUCGUCGUGAUGCACCACCUGGUCAAAAGGUUGGUCUCAUUGCUGCUAGGAGAACUGGUCGUCUUCGUGGACAGGCUGCUGCAACUGCUGCCAAGGCUGACAAUUAAAUUUGAUUUCAUUUUUUAUUACCCAUUUCGAGUUUGUUUUGGAUUUCUGAAUGUGUUAAGUCACACAAUUAGGUUUUGGUGAUUCUAAGACUAGCUUAUUUUACAUGAGAAUUUAAAUUUGGAUUCUAACUUAAUUCUCUUUAGCUUGGAUGUUUCAUUUACUCAUAUGUCUA